AUGACUAGCGAGAUCCUGAAGGAGCUGAAGUGGGAAGUUGGAUUCUCCAUCCCAGUGGCGAAUGUGGAAAAUAAGAUACUGGAAGAGCAGCUAUUCAAGUUACAGCAUGAAAAGUCAACCUUUCAAAAUCAAUUACGAGACUAUGAAGAUCGAAUUAAGGCAAUGACUUCUCACUUCAAAAAUGUCAGGCAAGAAUUCACAUUUACCCAGUCUCUUUGUAAAGCCAGGGAGAAUGAGAUUAAAAGUGAAGAACAUUUUAAAGCCAUUGCUGAGAGAGAACUGGGACGAGUGAAGGAGGAAAUCCGACGUCUAGAAAAUGAGACUGCUUCAAUAAGGGAAAAGAAAGUUGAUAAGGAGAAUGCAAUAUUUAAAGCUACUCAAAAGUUGGAUAACUUGAAGUGUCAAAUGAACUGGGACCAGCAAGCAUUGGAUGCUUGGUUAGAAGAAUCAGCUCAUAAAGAUAGUGAUGCCUUUACUAUUCAAAAGUAUGCAAAACAAGAUGACAAUAAAAUUAGGGCACUGACACUGCAGUUAGAAAGACUGAAUUCAGAAUGUAGUCAGAAAAGAAAAUUACUGGAUAAUGAACUUACAGAGACUAUAAGCGCACAGUUAGAAUUGGAUAAAGCGGCACAAGAUUUUCGUAAGAUUCACAAUGAAAGACAAGAACUCAUUAAACAGUGGGAGAACACAAUAGAACAGAUGCAGAGGAGAGAUCGGGACAUAGAUAACUGUGCCUUGGAACUGGCAAAGAUAAAGCAGGAAUUAAGAGAAAAAGAAAUUUUGGUGAAGGAAAAGAACAAGUUCCUGGAAAGUGAGAUUGGGAAUAACACAGAAUUUGAGAAAAAAAUUUCUGCUGCUGAUCGAAAAGUUUUAAAAUGUAGAGUGGAAUAUCAGAGUCAAGAAAAUAGUAGAGUUCAGUUGAAGGAUGAGCUGGAUUCUUUAAAAACCUCUGUGAAUAAAAGUUCUGGUGAUUUAGAAGCUCUGAGAAAAAAUAUUUCCAGAAUAAAGUGUGUUGCUGAAGAAGAAACAGCAAAAUUGCAAAAAAUUAGAAAUUAUAAUGAAGUUAUAAAAAGAAAAUUAAAUGAAAUAACUGAGAGAACUAUGACUGUAGAAGAGAAAACUACCAAUUUGGAAGAUAUAUUAAAGGAGGAUGAAAAGAGUGUUAAGGAAGUGCAUGUCCAAUUGAAUAUAGUGAAAAGUGUGCUAUAUAAGAAAUCUCAGGAACUACAGGCUGAGCAAUCAAAAGAAAAAGCUAUUGUCUCAGAAAUUAAAGGGACACGUUCUGCUCUAAAAAACUUAAAUAACCAGUUGCGUAAACUAGAUUUCGAAACCUUGAUGCAGCAAGAAAUUAUGUAUAACCAGGAUUAUUACAUUCAACAACUGGAACGUAGAAUGUCAAGGUUAAAGGGAGAAAUUAACUCAGAAGAAAAACAUACCCUUGAAACAAAACUUGUUGAACUCAAAAAAGUGUUGGAAGAGAAAAAAUCGACAUUUGACCUUUUGGAAGCACAGAUUGAGAAGCUUCAUAAUGAUCUUUACUUUAUCAAAAAGUUAAAUGCUAAAAAUCUUGAUGAAAAACAGGCCCUCCUGACUAAAAUAAAUGAACUAAACCUCUUCAAUGACACAUCAGAGAAGGAACUUAAAAAAACAAAGACCUUAAAACAGAAUUUGAUGAUAGAGGAUAAUCUUUUAAAACUUGAAGUGAAACGUACCCGAGAACUACUUCACAGUAAGGCAGAAGAAGUUCUUUCUCUGGAAAAAAGAAAACAACAGUUAAUCACAGCUAUGAAGGAACGAAUAGAAGAAAUUAAGGUUCACAAAACAAUGCUUGCAUCUCAAAUACGAUUAGUUGAUCAAGAACGGCAGGGCAUAAGUGCUGAAUAUCAUGAGCGACUAAGUAAAAUUGACAAGCUGAAGAACAGAUAUGAACUUAUUAUUGUUGUUAUGCUGCCUCCUGAAGGAGAAGAGGAGAAAACACAGGCCUAUUAUGUAAUAAAGGCUGCUCAAGAAAAAGAAGAGCUUCAAAGGGAAGGUGACAGUUUGGAUGCGAAGAUCAGCAAAGCUGAAAAAGAAAUCAAAGCUCUAGAAAACACCUUACAAGUGAUGAAUAGCUGCAACUAUAAAUACAAAAAGUCUUUUCAAAAAGUGACUCCAGCAAGUGCAGAGUAUGAAGUGAAAAAACAACUAGAAGAACGGAAAAGAGCUGCUGAUGAAAAAUGCAGAUAUCAACAAAGACAAAUCAGAGAACUACAGGAAGAUAUCCAGAGCAUGGAAAACACUUUAGAUGUUCUAGAACAUUUAACAAAGAAAGCUAAUGCAAAAUUAGCAGAAAAGCAGGAUCUUUUAUCUCAACUAAAUAGAGAAACCGAAGAUCAGAAGCCAAAGAUAGAGAGAGCAAUUAAACAGUGUGCAAAACUCGUCAAAGAAAUCCGUCUAAUGAAAGAUACAAAAGGUGAAACACUCGAAGAACAAGACAUCAAGCUUCGUGAAUCCAAAGAGUUCCACAAGAACAUUGAUGAUAUGUUAAUUGAUGUCACAGAAAAUACUGAGCUCCGUGAUGUCCUUCAAACACUCUUUCAACAGAAUGCGUUAGAACUGCCUGUAGCUAGCUCACGUCAUCGACGGAGUUCCACAUCACUUUCACAGGCUUCCUUAAUAUUAGGAAGGUCAUCUAGGAGCCCAAGCACCACUAGUUCUCAGGUGUCAGUGAAAAAUUUAGAACUGAACCUCCCAGCUUCCAAUUCCACAUCAAGCAGUGGGUCUAGGCCAACGAGUGCUACCAGUAGCUCCAGUUCUCUUAAAAAGAAAAGAAGAUAAUAGGUUAUAUUUAUUUUUGAACAAGUUGCAAAUACAAAACCAAAAAUCUCAAUGUUAAUAUAGGAAAUCCCAUUUUAUACUUUUGGGUUUCUUUUGAAGAGGAUAUUGAAACACCAAAUGAUCAGACACGUUUUUACAUGAUAGAAAAAUGUCACAACCAAGUCAAAAAUUAUAUUCACUUCUACUUCAAUCAUCUUUCAAAAAAAUAUAAAGAUUCCCUGUGCUAUCAAGAAUUUUCAAUACCACACUAGAAUUCUCAUUUACCCUACAAAAUCCUGUUAUUAGGUCUUCUUUAUUUCAAGAUAUAAUGACCAAAUUUUGGUGAAGUAACAUGCUAGAGGAAGUAUCAUCUUUGGCCUUUUUAAAACC